UUUUUUCUUUUCUUUUUACUUUUGUCCUUUUGUCCCCCACGUUUUUUGGCCGGCUGCAUGGCUGCAUGGCGCAUGGUGCUCUCCCACGUGCUGUUGUCUGCUCGGUGAGGCUUUAAAUGGCAGCGCAGCGAGCAACGAAGAGGCAUCAGCGAGCAGAGGAGAGCAAGAAGGAGAGCAAGGAGGAGAGCAGGGAGGAGAGGAGAGCAGAGAGGAGAGAAGAGCAGAGCAACAAAUUAGUGUGAGCAGUCGAGCCCGAAGAGCUGCGGUGCAGCAGGACAGCCUUCCUUAGUACAGAGACGCUAUGACUAUCCAUAUUUAUUAUGGAGAACGUCCCGCUGUUUUGCAUGGGAGACUCGUGUCCAUUCAGAACUGCCAGCACGUAGAGAGUACGGUUGAGCUACCAAUUGAUCUAAAAGGCUUACAAACACAUGUUAUGAGCCUUUUGCGUCUAAACCAGCAGUCCUACAAUGUUAUCCUAGAGGGUGUUAGGCCACGGCCUGUACCAAACAGCUCGCUCAUUGUCCAUACGUUGUUCGAUUUGAGAACGAACAACGCUUGGGCCUUGUACUCACGUAAGGCAUUAGAGGAGAACUUUGAAAUAGGAGUGUACGUAACCAUAGUAUCACGACCGGUGCAUGGUGAAGAGGUGGCUACUGUGGAAGGAUUAGACCAUAAUGUGAUGCAUGAUGAGGCGGGAGGGAAUGUCGGGGAGGGCACUUCGGGUACGGAUGGACCCGAAGUGGACCAUGGUGAGGUAGAUGCACAAUGCAUGGAUGAUGAAGCCGGUGGUAGUGGCGACGAAGAAGGUGUUGACAAUGAUGACCCGGUGCCGGCGAUCCAGUACUUUCAUGGUGCUGGGCUGCUAAAUUGUACCAUCAGUGAGUAUAACACCCUAUCUAAUUGGGGAUAUCAUAAUAGCGACAUCCAGGUGGGGCAACGGUUUCAGAACAGGGAAGAGGUCAUCCACUUUAUCAGCAACUAUGCUGUAAUCACAAGAAGGGACCACAAGUGUGCCCGAUCUAACCAUACAGAGUAUGAGGUUAGGUGUACGAAGCAUCCGACUUGUCCUUACUUCGUACGAGCCCAUAAGCCAAAGCACGAGAACUAUUUUGUGCUGAGUAGACACACCCCACAUACAUGCAGCGAAGAGGCUAUUAGGAAUGUGAGCCACGCGGUUGAUGCGAGGUUCAUAGCCCAACUACUCAUCACCCUUGUUGGCAUAAACAUAUGUUUGUCGCCAAAAUCUAUUAUGGAGGAGGUGCAGACUAAGACGGGUAUGCUGAUCAAUUACCACACCGCGUGGCGAGCAAAGCAGAAGGCAUUGAAGAUGUUGUUUGGAAGUUUCGAAGAUUCGUACCACUACGCACCGAGGCUGAUGCAGAAGAUUGCUAUGACCAACCCCGGGACCCAGUGGGCCAUGGCGGAUGAGCCGAUCAGGCUGGAUGAUGGGUCAUACAGCAACACUGAUCGAUACCUCAUUAGGUUUUUCUGGUCCUUUGGCCAAUGCAUCGAAGCUUUCAGGCAUUGCAAACCGGUGGUAUGUGUGGAUGCCACAUUUCUUAGUGGCAAGUACCAUGGUAACCUAAUGACAGCGAUGGCGGCGGAUGCAAACAAUCAGAUAAUUCCUCUCGCUUAUGCAUUGGUUGAGAGUGAGAACAAUGAUAGUUGGUUGUGGUUCCUUACCUUGGUGAGGACACGUGUCGUCGGUAAUAGGGAACGAGUCUGCAUUAUAUCAGACCGCAAUAAGGGCCUCUUGCAUGCAUUGGAUGUGCUACAUGCCAGCACAAACCCCUCCAUUGCGUGGCCUGAUGUGGAGAGAAGGUGGUGCAUGCGACACUUAGGUGCGAACCUUUACUCAAGGUAUCACAAUAAGGGUCUUGUGAAGAAGUUCAAAGGGUUAUGUCUUCAGAACCAGCAGGCGAAGUUCAACGAGAUAUGGCGAGAGUUAAAUGAGACCACUCGUAAGAUGAUGGCACAGCAAGAAGCACAGGAGGACCAUCUACGGACGCAAAUGGUGGGGGGCCAAACCAUCAUUAGUCGUUCGCGUGGUACGUUUAGCCAGUGGAUAGCGGGAAAGCCGGCGGAGCGUUGGGCCCUAUUCUAUGAUACUCACGGUUCCAGGUAAC